CCGUUAACAAAUUGGGUUAAAUGUCAGUUAAAUGUCCUUUAAAUUAAAAAAAAGGUUUUGUUUGUGUUUCAUUAUUCUUAAAAAUGUCUCAGCCUUCUGUUACUACUUAUUUUAAUAGUAGGAAACGCUCAGCUUUGGAAGAAAGUAAAGUGAGUCGUGCUAAAAAAGUUUUAAUCUUGGACAAAAAUUCAUUAAAAACUGAGUUAAAGUGCUUAAAGGAACUUCAUAAUGAAUCCAUUAGUGUUAUCUCUUCAUCAGAUAAAAACAUCGAUUCUUCUCCUAAAAUUGUUACACGUGAGAUUAAAAUAAAAACGGCUGAAGACUUGGAAGAAGGACUUACAAAGAAAACGUGUCUUCAAUCAAAGCCAGCAAAAAUGCCAACUAAACAUAGGAAAUUAAAAGAACUCCCAAAGCAGUCUAGAAUACAGGAAAUGUUUAAUAAAAUGGCUCAAAUGCAACAGGAAGAAGUCACAAAAGUAAACCCUGAAGACUUUGAAACCGUAAAACAUGUCACCCCACCUUCCACACCUACCAAGUCUACAUCAAUAUUUCAAAAUAAAAUUAAUAGUGCAGGUCAACCUUCUCUGCAAGAAAUUAGACAGAAAAUAGUUACCAGUUCCAAAUGUAGCAAAUUGAAACAAUCCCUAGCUCGUUUUAAAGAAGCCAGUUCAAAAUUAGAAGAACAAGAAAAAAAGACUGCUGCUCUUAAAUCACCUUCAUUAAAGACCUUUCAAACAAUUAAUUUGGAAGUUAAUUUAAGCCCCCAAAAAGUGCUGUCGCCAGAAAAAGCUUAUUUGAGCCCCAAAAAGAACAGUACAUCUGCCAAACGCAACAUAUUGGGAUCAUUAAGUCCCACAAAGCACAGUGUGGCUGGGCUUACAGCAGAAAGAAAAAAAUCAUUAGAAACUCCAGCAAAGGAAUCCUUGACUCUCCCAUACAAAUAUCGUUUCUUGGCUGAGAUCUUUCGUGCUUUAGACACCGUUUCACAGCUCCUUUUUAAUAGAAAAGAAACCAUAACAUUCAAUAAAUUGAAGCCUGCUGUAGAGAAGAUUUUAAAACGAAAUUUUUCAGAAAAACAUUUAGCCCAAAUAAAGACGAUCUAUCCAGAAGCUUUUGACUUUCAAAAGUGCAAAAUUAGAUCCUUUGGGGCUGGCCUUAACUCAAAUAAUUGGGAGCUAACUGUUACACCUUCCAUUAAUGGAGACUUCAUGACUUCUGAACUGAUUCUUGAAAGAAGACGUAAACUAUUUAGUAUACUAAUUGAAAAAUUAAAAGAUUACCAUGCAGAGUUCUUGCAAACCCUAGACCCCCCGCUGGAAAUUCCCCGUGAAGUAAUUAAAAGGUGGCAUCCCCUGUUUGAUCUAGAAAAAGUCCCCGACAUCGAGCCUUCGCCUUUACCGGAACUUCCCAAAGAAGAAAAAUUAACAAGUGGACAAGAAGUUUUGGAAAAAGCUAAAGUUUUAUUCAGUUGCAACACUCGCAUGGAAAGAGCAUUGCAAAGACUUAAAGAGGCACAAGGAGAUAGUCCAAAGCCUGUUGCAACUGUUACAGAAAGCAACUCAAUCCUAAAAGGGAUCCCAAAAGCUCUUUUAGAAAAAGUACGCCAACGACAAGCAGCUAAAGCGCUAGAUACAAUAACGAGGAGCGAAACGAAAGAAAAAGAAUUACAAAUGUACACCAGGUUACCAGAAAUUGCUAGAAUUAUAAGAAACUUGUUUGUGGCAGAAAAGAAGAAUGUUUUACCCUUUGACACUGUCCUUUUAGGCUUGGACAAUAGUAUACAUUCGUUUCUGAAUAAAAAAGGUUUAGAGGAACAUGUAAGACUGUUAGCCAAAGAAGCUCCCGAUUGGUUGACCUUCCUGACCUUACGAGGGACAGUCUACAUAAAAAUCGUUAAAAAUGCUGACUUGGCUGUUGUCAUUAAGAAGUUAGAUGAACUUAUAAAAAUUAAAAGCGAGUUCUGAUUAAAGUUUUUAAUCUUCUAAUAGACUCGCAACGUAUUUGUGUUUUUUGUAUUGUUUGUCUUAUUAAUGUUAUAAUUUGUUACGAUUUGUGACCUCCGAUAAUUAAUAUAUAAGCCUUAAUACCCUAAUCAAAGUAAUUUUGUACUUGUAUCAUCAAAAAUAUAUAACAUAUUUUGUUUUAGUCAGAAUAAA